ACUAACUGCAUAUGAGAAAAGAAAAACUGGCCUCGAUGAGGUAGCAGUUGAAUUGACGGGUAACCUGACCAACUUUGAAAAACAGCUCGUCGAAGAUCAGGAUGUAAUUGAAAUCAGAGGAAAGUGUGGGAAAUUUGUGCCAGUGAUUGUGCCAAAACAUGCGAGGAGGAUAUUGAAAUUUCUCACCAGUAACGAUGUACGCAGGAGUGCUGGGGUAACUGAAAGGAAUCCCUAUGUGUUUGCCAGCAACAGAGAAGGCAUAAUACGGGGAUACGACGCUGUUAGAUCCGUUACUGGGGCUGCUGGGCUUGAACAUCCUGAAAGAAUCCGAGGAACAAAUAUGCGUCGGCUUAUGGCAACUCUUUGUCAGGCUAUAGAUAUAACACCACAACAGCAGCAGUGGAUUGUCGAUCACUUAGGCCAUACACUGGAUGUGCACAAGAUCCACUACAAAUGCACAUCAGACAUGAUUGAAAGAGUGGAUAUUGCUAAGUUGUUGUUGAUGAUGGACAAUCGGCUGCUCGGGAAAUUUAAGGGGAAAAGAUUGGAAGAUAUUCAGUUGGAUGGUAAUAAAAUCAUGUUGCACUACUUCAAUAUUAUUGAAGUUUUU